UGAAUGAUUGACCGAUUGAAUAUACGUCGUGUAGGUGCUACCAAAACUAAACGUAGUAAAAGUACUGUGGUAAGCAGUACAUCAACUAGUUCAACAAGUACCAGUUCUUCAAGUGGUACACAUCAACACCAGCAUCAACAUCACCUACGUGCUUCCUUGCAUCACCAUCAGCCGAGUCAUUUCUCUUUUAAUCUAACACCAGGUAGCAGCCCCAGAAACGGUAGCGGUAGCGUACCGCGAAAUUUACAUUCUGCUGCUGCAGGAUGUGAUGCUGUAAGUGUGAUAAAUAGUCCAACCGUUCAAAAUUCUGGCAGUGGUGGUAGCGGUAGUAGUGGCAUAGUAUUACCAGCCAUGGGACCGAUGUUGGGUACUACGGCUUCAAGUACCGCUGCAGGACAGCUUGGUAGUUUGCAUAGCACUAAUGUAAAUGCCCAUAGUACGGCUGGUGGUGGUAGUGGUAAUACACAUAAUAAUGGUGCUGGAAUAAGUCUUUUGGCUGUUGGUUCGGGUGGUGGAAAUUUGGUUAGCAGUAAUGUUGGCAUGGGCAUUUGUGGUGGUAUAAGUACUACCAUGGGUGCGAGUAGUGCUGCUAUAACUGGCGUACCACCCAUUGGACUAGGCAUUGCAACCGGUAUUGGUAAUAAAAUGCUUGGUCGCAAGCAGAGUCUUAAAGGUGGAGAACCAUUUCUAGCCGAUUAUGGUCCAGAAGAAUCGCUUAACGAAAGUGCUGAUAUAGAAUGGGUAAAUAAACUGUGGGUAAGGCGACUAAUGCGCUUUUGUGCUUUAGUCUCCUUGACCUCAGUCUCAUUGAAUACGCCAAAAACUUUCGAGCGACAUCCAGCCUUGCAAUAUAUAACAUUCGUAUCGGACACCUCAGUAACACUGCUGUUUACUGCAGAAAUGGUUGCCAAAAUGCAUAUAAGAGGUGUUUUGCACGGCGAAGUUCCUUAUCUUAAGGAUCACUGGUGUCAAUUCGAUGCAUCUAUGGUGGUUUUCCUUUGGGUUUCCAUAGUCUUACAAGUAUUUGAAUUUCUUGAUGUUGUACCAAAAUUUUCAUAUUUAUCAAUAAUGCGUGCCCCUCGACCUCUAAUUAUGAUACGGUUUCUUAGAGUUUUUCUAAAGUUUUCGAUGCCAAAAAGUAGAAUUAAUCAAAUAUUUAAACGUUCCAGCCAACAGAUUUACAACGUAACAUUAUUUUUCCUAUUCUUUAUGUCACUUUAUGGAUUAUUGGGUGUACAAUUCUUCGGAGAGUUGAAAAACCAUUGUGUGAUGAAUAACACUGAUUUUGAUGAAUAUGGCAGACCUAUGCUCACAAUUAAUUCAUUAGCAAUACCAGAUACGUUUUGUUCCAUGGAUCCAUACUCUGGUUAUCAGUGUUCACCUGGUAUGAUUUGCAUGAAAAUGGAUUUUCUCACCAGUUACGUGAUAGGUUUCAAUGGAUUCGAAGAUAUAGCCACCAGUAUAUUUACAGUAUAUCAAGCUGCUUCUCAAGAAGGUUGGGUCUUUAUUAUGUAUCGUGCUAUCGAUUCUUUACCAGCUUGGCGUGCUGCAUUUUACUUUAGUACAAUGAUCUUCUUCCUUGCUUGGCUUGUGAAAAAUGUUUUCAUUGCUGUCAUUACGGAAACCUUUAAUGAGAUACGUGUACAAUUUCAGCAAAUGUGGGGUCAACGUGGUCAUAUACAAAAGACAGCUGCCUCACAAAUAUUGAGUGGCAAUGAUUCUGGUUGGCGUUUAAUAACCAUAGAUGAUAACAAACAUGGUGGCUUAGCACCAGAGACAUGCCACGCUAUCAUACGUUCCCCAUACUUUCGUAUGUUGGUAAUGAGUGUUAUUCUUGCCAAUGGCAUUGUCACCGCUACUAUGACGUUUAAGCACGAUGGUCGUCCGAGAUAUGUUUUUUAUGAGAAAUAUUAUUACAUUGAAGUUGUAUUCACUUUCUUCUUGGAUUUAGAAACUUUAUUCAAAAUUUAUUGCUUGGGUUGGCGCGGCUAUUACAAGCAUUCAAUACACAAAUUUGAAUUACUAUUAGCUAUUGGCACAACAAUCCAUAUAGUGCCUAUGUUCUAUUUAUCAGGAUUUACAUACUUCCAAGUACUUCGAGUGGUACGCCUUAUUAAAGCCUCUCCCAUGCUAGAAGGUUUCGUCUACAAAAUUUUUGGACCUGGCAAGAAGUUGGGCUCGCUGAUUAUAUUCACUAUGUGCUUGCUUAUAAUUAGUUCCAGUAUUUCAAUGCAAUUGUUUUGUUUCCUAUGCGAUUUUACAAAAUUCGAAUCAUUUCCGGAAGCCUUUAUGUCUAUGUUCCAGAUUUUAACCCAAGAGGCUUGGGUAGAAGUCAUGGAUGAGACUAUGAUACGCACAAGUCGUACUCUAACACCACUUGUUGCUAUAUACUUUAUACUAUAUCACUUGUUUGUCACACUGAUCGUGUUAAGUUUGUUCGUGGCGGUCAUUUUGGAUAACUUGGAGUUGGAUGAAGACAUAAAAAAGCUGAAGCAACUUAAGUUUCGAGAGCAAAGCGCUGAAAUCAAAGAAACGCUACCUUUUCGUUUGAGAAUUUUUGAAAAGUUUCCUGACUCUCCACAAAUGACUAUAUUGCAUAGAAUUCCUAACGAUUUUACAUUGCCUAAAGUACGUGAAUCUUUUAUGAAACAUUUUGUUAUUGAAUUGGAAACUGAGGAUCCCUCACUUGUGGAGAAUUGCAAACGCCCUAUGUCGGAAUAUUGGGAAUCAAAUAUAGUAUUUCGUAAACAAAAGCCAGUGCGUAUUAUGAACAAGACUGCAAAAGUGCGUUCUGCUGGUAGCAGUUUAAGAAAGUUAGCCAUAACACAUAUUAUAAACGAUUCCAAUAAUCAGCGCUUAAUGUUGGGAGAUUCAGCUAUGUUGCCGGUUGCAGGCAAGAGUGGUUUAAAACAUCAGGGUACCAUCACACACUCAAAACCGUGGCGUGUGGAUCAAAAAAAAUUCGGUUCUCGUUCUAUACGCCGUAGUGUCCGUUCGGGUUCUAUUAAAUUAAAGCAGACCUAUGAGCAUUUGAUGGAAAAUGGCGACAUAGCAGCAGCACCACGUGCCAAUUCCGGACGUGCACGUCCUCAUGAUUUGGAUAUUAAAUUACUACAGGCAAAGCGACAACAAGCUGAGAUGCGUAGAAAUCAACGUGAAGAGGAUUUAAGAGAAAAUCAUCCAUUUUUUGAUACGCCCUUAUUUUUGGUACCACGCGAGAGCCGCUUUCGCAAAAUAUGUCAGAAAAUUGUACACGGGCGUUAUGAUGCUAGACUAAAGGACCCAUUAACUGGAAAAGAACGAAAAGUGCAAUAUAAGAGUUUACACAACUUUUUGGGACUUGUUACGUACCUGGAUUGGGUGAUGAUAUUUGUUACAACACUCUCUUGCAUUUCUAUGAUGUUUGAAACUCCCAGUUAUCGUGUCAUGGAGCAUCCCACUUUACAAAUAGCUGAAUAUGGUUUUGUCAUAUUUAUGAGUCUCGAAUUGGCGUUAAAGAUUUUAGCGGAUGGUUUAUUUUUUACACCGAAAGCAUAUAUAAAAGAUGUUGCAGCUGCUUUGGAUGUUUUCAUUUAUGUUGUCUCUACAUCAUUUCUAUGUUGGAUGCCAAAACAAAUACCCACCAGCUCUGCGGCACAGUUACUUAUGAUAUUGCGUUGUGUACGUCCAUUGCGAAUUUUUACUUUGGUGCCACAUAUGCGAAAGGUUGUCUACGAAUUAUGUCGGGGAUUUAAGGAAAUCUUACUCGUAUCAACACUCUUAAUACUGCUUAUGUUUAUAUUUGCUAGUUAUGGUGUGCAAUUGUAUGGUGGACGACUAGCUCGUUGCAAUGAUCCAACAGUAACCAGACGAGAAGAUUGCGUUGGUGUUUUUAUGCGGCGUGUAUUCGUUACGAAAAUGAAACUUACACCUGGUAUUAAUGAAUCUUAUCCUUCCAUGUUGGUACCAAGAGUUUGGGCUAAUCCCAGACGUUUUAAUUUUGAUAAUAUUGGUGAUGCAAUGCUGACUUUAUUUGAGGUCUUAUCCUUUAAGGGUUGGUUGGAUGUGCGUGAUGUUUUAAUCAAAGCAGUAGGACCGAUACAUGCGGUCUAUAUACAUAUAUAUAUUUUCUUGGGUUGCAUGAUUGGUUUGACUCUAUUUGUUGGCGUUGUUAUUGCUAAUUACUCAGAGAAUAAAGGCACUGCACUUCUAACUGUGGACCAACGUCGUUGGUGCGAUCUUAAAAAACGUUUGAAAAUUGCUCAACCGUUACAUUUGCCUCCUCGUCCAGAUGGCAGGAAAUUUCGGGCAUUUAUUUAUGACAUAACACAACACAUAACGUUUAAACGUAUUAUAGCCGUUGUAGUGCUCAUCAAUAGUAUGCUACUCUCUAUAACAUGGAUCAAAGGCGAAGUACACACCGAGCGUUUGGUUAUAGUGAGUGCAGUGUUAACUUUUGUUUUUGUAGUGGAAGUUGUUAUGAAGAACAUAGCCUUCACUCCGCGUGGCUAUUGGCAGUCCCGCAGAAAUCGUUACGAUUUAUUAGUUACUGUAGCUGGUGUAGUCUGGAUAUUUUUACAAACCAUUUUAAGGAAUGACCUCUCUUAUUUCUUUGGAUUUAUGGUAGUGAUUUUACGCUUCUUUACUAUAACUGGCAAGCAUACCACAUUAAAAAUGUUGAUGUUAACAGUGGGUGUAUCUGUGUGUAAAUCGUUUUUCAUUAUAUUCGGCAUGUUUUUGUUGGUCUUCUUCUAUGCCCUAGCUGGUACUAUACUCUUUGGUACAGUUAAAUAUGGUGAAGGUAUUGGGCGACGCGCCAAUUUUGGUUCACCAGUCACUGGUGUUGCUAUGUUAUUCCGUAUUGUUACCGGCGAGGAUUGGAACAAAAUUAUGCACGAUUGCAUGGUCCAACCACCGUAUUGUACACCUGGUAAUAACUACUGGGAGACAGAUUGUGGAAAUUUCACUGCUAGUCUUAUAUAUUUCUGCACCUUUUAUGUUAUUAUAACAUAUAUAGUCCUCAAUUUACUAGUGGCUAUUAUCAUGGAGAACUUUUCAUUAUUUUAUUCCAAUGAAGAAGAUGCUCUACUCUCAUAUGCAGACAUACGCAAUUUCCAAAACACUUGGAAUAUUGUCGAUAUACAUCAACGUGGAGUUAUACCAGUACGUCGCGUAAAAUUCAUAUUACGCUUACUGAAAGGUCGACUGGAAUGUGACCCCCAAAAAGAUCGUCUACUCUUCAAAUAUAUGUGCUAUGAGCUCGAUAAACUACAUAAUGGAGAAGACGUAACAUUUCAUGAUGUUAUCAAUAUGCUCUCCUAUCGUUCUGUUGAUAUAAGAAAAGCUUUACAAUUGGAAGAGUUAUUGGCACGUGAAGAGUUCGAGUAUCUUGUCGAAGAAGAAGUAGCAAAAAUGACCAUACGUACUUGGUUGGAAGGAUGUUUGAAAAAAAUUCGUGCACAAAAUGCAAGUAAGCAACAAAAUUCAUUAAUUGCUGGUUUACGUGCUACUAAUGAGGCUAUGAUGAGACACACAGCUGCUGAAGAUAAAACGCCCACUGGCAUCGGGGAUAAAUCAACAAUUGCGACUAUUAGCGGUACUGUUGCAGCUACUUGUCCACCAACUAGUGAUGCAUUUUCACCAACAUUUAGUUCGACUGAAAAUGAUGAGAAAGAACCAAGCAGUGGAGUAAUACCAACACCUGCUGAUGUGCAUAGUAUACAAAAGGUUUUAACAGCUACAAAACGUGCUUAUGCUUUAAAUCGUUCAGACUCUACUGGUAGUUCAGCAGGACGUAAAUUUUUGGCACCAACAUCAUCUGAUCCUCAACAACGUACAACACUUACAGACAAAGAGCGUUUACACAUUAGCAAUCAACAGAAAAAGAAAAAUUCAAUGACUACGAUACCAACAAUACCGAUUGUGGGCGGUGCUGGAUUUAAACGAGAUAUAAAUAAACCUGUUGGAUUUUUAACACAAUUUAAUAAUGAAAUUGGACAAUUUCAUUAUCCGAUUAAUAAUUCUAAUAGUCAUUAUGGAGAUACACAUGGUGCGCUUGGUAGUCCAUCAGCACUUGUUGGACAUAUAAUUGCAGGCAGUAAGCUAUUACCUUUCAAUAAUCAAGCCAAUGUAGUUUAUGAAGUACACGAUUGGUGGCAAGAACAAGUAAUAUGUACGCAAACCAGUGAUGAUGAGUUAUAAACGAAUAAUCUAUUGUUUACAAUUAUUAUAAAUAUUACCAGAGAAAGUCGAAUAUUGCAUAUAUUUUCUGAUUUUUUUUUAUACUGAAAAGAGAGUUGGUCAAGUGCCAAAAUUUAAUUUAAAAUAGACAAAUUGUCUAGGAAUUGUUAUACUCCACUUUUGAUUCUAUGUAUUGUAUUAUUUAUAAAAUUAUUAUGUAAGUAUUUUAUGAAAGCGAUUAUUUUAGUACACUUUUG